GUACGUAAUCAUUGUGUUGGCCCCCUCAGCUGUCAGACUUUGGCCACCCUAAAAAGUGCUGUUUUUUUUUUUUUUGGUGUUGUUAGCAAACUUACUCGAAGUGUGGAGCCCGUACUACCUUCAACCCGAACCGUGCAUCUGCUUGCUAAUCGCCCGCUGAAUGCUCGCCUUCGCAGCUGGAGGCUUUCGGAGCGCGCACAAACGAGGCAUUUUUAUUUCAUUUUUUGCUUUCAUCGCUGCUGCUAGUUUUUUUCCCCUUUCUCUGCACGGGCAGCCUGCGAUCCUGAGCGGGUGUGCGGGUUCGAUGCGGGGAGGGAGGGCGUAGAAAAAGGCAAAAAGUCUUUGUGCUUCCCUUCCCCCUCAUCAAAGCAUAGGGGAAAUGUCUCUGUCCAAAGGAGGGAAGAAGAAGAACCCCGGGCUGAAGCUGGCCAGAGAAGUCUUUGCGCAGCCCGCGCCAGCAGUAGCAGCGCCCCCUCGAGAUCUCGACUCUAAAGCGUGCGUCACAAUCGGAGACCAGAAUUUUGUGGUGAAGGCGGAUGACUUGGAGCAGAUCGCCGAGCUGGGCAGGGGAGCGUAUGGCGUAGUGUACAAGAUGCGACAUGUGCCCAGCGGCGUGAUCAUGGCUGUCAAGAGGAUUCGAGCCACCGUCAACACGCUGGAGCAGAAGAGGCUCCUGAUGGACUUGGACAUCUCCAUGCGGACGGUGGACUGCUUCUACACCGUCACCUUUUACGGCGCCCUCUUCAGAGAGGGCGACGUAUGGAUCUGCAUGGAGUUGAUGGACACCUCGUUGGAUAAGUUCUACAAGAAGGUCAUUGAGAAAGGCAAGACCAUACCCGAGGACAUCCUGGGCAAGAUCACCGUAGCUAUUGUAAAGGCAUUAGAGCACCUGCACAGCAACUUGUCAGUCAUCCACAGAGAUGUGAAGCCCUCCAAUGUUCUCAUCAACACUCAGGGCCAAGUGAAAAUGUGCGACUUUGGCAUCAGUGGCCACCUGGUGGACUCGGUGGCCAAGACCAUGGACGCCGGCUGUAAGCCCUACAUGGCGCCUGAACGCAUUAACCCGGACCUCAACCAGAAAGGCUACAGUGUCAAGUCAGACAUAUGGAGUCUCGGUAUCACGAUGAUCGAGUUGGCCAUCCUGAAGUUCCCGUACGAAUCCUGGGGUACGCCCUUCCAGCAGCUCAAGCAGGUGGUGGAUGAGCCCUCUCCUCAGCUGCCUGCUGACCGCUUCUCGCCAGACUUUGUAGACUUCAUCUCCAAGUGUUUAGGAAAGGAGCCCAAUAAAAGACCAGCCUAUACAGAAUUAAUGAAACAUCCAUUUUUCACCUUGCAUGACUCCAAAGACACAGACGUGGCCAGUUUUGUCAAGGUCAUCCUGGACGACUGAUGGGUAGGGGAGGAUCCUCUCAGUCCCGACUAGGUCCAACCUCCAGCUACAUUUAUUUUUAUUUGAUUUUUUUGGUUUUGUUUUUAAAGUGAAAAUGUCAAAAUAAAAAGAAUAGCCCCCGGGCCCCAGCUACUGGAAUGACAGACUCUCAUGCAGCCGCACUCAGCAGGGCACCGCCUGACGACUGACAGCAGCACUGGAGCAGGAGAGCGCUUCUCAAAGUAACUGGAGAGGUUUGACUCCAACUAAUAUGAACGUGUUUUUUGUUUUGUUUUUUUGUUUUGUUGUUUUUAGUCUACCCCUUUUACAGAGCCAGCCAUUUUCUUUGAUUCAAUUUUCAAUAAUUUCUACCUUUCGUCUUUUCUCGUAAGCGACAGUAUAUUUACAUUAUCGGCGUCUCUUCAUACUGUAUAUCGUCAACGCGUGUGUGAAUUUUACUCGUAUCGUAUCGCCGCAUCAAAGGUAAUGCUGACGAGGGAGGCGUUAUCUCUUGGCGUGGCUGUCUGAGCUCGCCCUGGCCCGCUGUUGCUAUGGAUACCACCUGGAUGUAUUCUAUGAUCCACAUAAUCGAGCUAUCACCUGCUCCUGUGUGCCAGAAAAUUGUGUCUGGGUGGAUCCUUGUUUUUUUUAAAUAUUCUGACCCUCAUUUAUGGUUUUAUUUUGGGUUGCAUUUAAAGAAGAAAAGUUUUUUUAAUUGUUGUUGUUGUUGUCAUUUGUAGUCAACGCUCCCCUGCUUAGUUUUCCUCAUUUCUGGAGUCUUUCCAUACGAGGCACUGGACAGGUGUGACAAAGAAGCGCGACUGAGAAAUGCACGCUCAUAACUGCUUACGCAUAGUGUGAUGCAACAUCUUGCUGAUAUUCUGCAAUACUUUUGUACACUUCUCCAAGUCCGUGCUCUUUUUUUCUGACUUUUGUAACAGUAGGCAACACCAAAGUCUGAAAAGGAAGCACAAAGUGAGAGGGGUGCCGAGUAAUGGCAGCCAUGUUCUUGGCAAAAGUCUGAAAAAGAAGCCAAAACUGAAAGCUUGAUGGUGCGUCUUUACACGAAACUCAGUGAAAAACUAUACCAAGAGAUUUAAAGUAGUGAACUACAAAAAAACUGAAAAUGAGACACGGUGAUUGCUUUUUGCAUGCCAUUGCAUUCAGUGUGCUUCUUUUUCAGGCUUUUGCAUGACACACUGCAGCCACCAGUUAUUCCGUUUAUUGACAGCAUUGUGCAUUGCGAGAGCCCGAAAAAGAAGCACAUAGUAAGUGUAAGCCACACAAUGAAAGCGGAAUAUAGAUUUGGCGCUUGAUUGUAGUGUGCUAUGCAAAAUCAAGAAAAAGAAGCCAUAAGUGUCACGGCCUAUGCAAUUGGCUAACUGGCACUGUAUUUUGGACCAUGGCUGCCUCAGUCUCCUUUCUUUGUUGUCACACACCAAUGUUUGCUUUGCUUCUCCCAGAGACCUUCUCAUGCCUUACACAUACACACAUUAUGUUAGGGGGAAUAAUUUAUAUGUUGAAGAUGUAAAUACUGUCUCCUCUCUCCUUUUUUUUUUUUUUUUUAAUUUGACACUGUCAGUGACCCUGAUCGUGCAGCUGAGUGACAGAGUGGUUGGUAGUUUGUUUUAAUGCAGUGAGACACGCAUAUACAGUACACACACAAACACAUGCAAAGAUAUCUUCUCGCCGGGCCAGCUGACUGGCCUAUUUUGGAUGUGCUGCUCAGGUUUCUGCACUCUUUCCUUGAGAGCUGGGCCCGCGACUAUGCAGAGUCACGCAUCAGGAGGGGCUAUGUGGUCUCCCCACUGCCACCCACAAGUGUUCACAGACUGUGAUCUUAUCAGGAGUGAUGCUCUGGUUUACACUGUAGUGCCACCUCCAUCUACACCAUACAAAAGAAAGUCGAGAGUAUUUAUGAGAAUAAGGGAACAUUAGCAACACCCCAAACAAGCUGCUGUUUAUUUUUCUCCUUUAAAUAAAAAAGAAUGAUGGAGUCCUUGGACGGCGCUUCCCUUGAUGUGUCAGUGACUUUUUUUAACACGGAUUAUGAGAAUGGAACACUUGCUCUACCUCUUACUCCUUCACUCUAUUUGCCACCUCUUCAUUUGGUGGGACUGACAAACUUGAACUGUGGAAAGACAAAAAAAAGACAAAUAAAGGCUUUAUUGUUCAUUA